UUUCCAAAAAUAUAGACAACUUGCAAACUCCAUAUUUAUUAUGAAAGAAAGAGAAAAAAAGAGAUAGCUAUGAAAUAGGUAAUUCAUUCAUAUGAGUUAUUAAGUGUUUCUCUCAAAGUCAGAAGACACUAAAUACUAUCCUUCCUUAAGGGUGAGCCUAGUGGGAGCUGAUGUUUCUGGACCCUAAUGCCAAUUCGCCCAUAAGUCUUUUGUCCCUUUUCCUUUACUUUCCCUUACCCCAUUCAAGAAAGCUCCUUAAAGUUAAAGUAAAUAAAGGAGAGUGAAGACAACAACAAAAGAUAUAGACACAAACACAAGCAAUCAAGCAGAAGAAACUGUUUAGUUGCUAUAGCAAGAGAUCAUGAAGAUCCAGUGUGAUGUUUGUGAGAAAGCUGAAGCUUCCAUAUUCUGUCCUUCAGAUGAAGCUGCUCUUUGUAAUGGAUGUGAUCAUACUAUUCACCAUGCAAACAAACUUGCAACCAAACAUGCUCGUUUCCCUCUUGUCCACCUUAAUUCCAAAGACUACCCUCUUUGUGAUAUUUGCCAAGAGAGGCGUGGAUAUCUAUUUUGCCAAGAAGACAGAGCGAUUCUAUGCAGAGAAUGUGACCUUCCAAUCCAUAGAGCAAAUGAACAUACACAGAAACAUAACAGGUUUCUUCUCUCUGGUGUGAAGCUUUCAAACAAUUCUUUGGACCUAGAUUCAUCAUCCACUAGUAUUGGCUCUGAAACCAGAAACUACUCUAAUAGAUCAUCAAAAGCAAACAUAAUACCAAGAUCAGUUUCCAAUGAAAAUGUCAGUUCUUCAUGCAAGGUUGAAGAUAACAUGGCUAGUGACACUGGUUCUGUUUCAACAAGCAGCAUUUCUGAAUACUUGAUUGAAACAAUACCCGGUUACUGCUUCGAAGACUUUCUCAAUGCUUCAUUCCCACCUAAUGGUUUCUGUAAGAAUCAAUAUUCGGCAUUUCAGUACCAAGAUCUUAAUGCUAGCAAGUUUUUAUUUCCUCAACCUCAAGUAACAUGUGUACCUCUAGCACAGAUUCAAUCAGCUCAACUAAUUAUUCCCACUCCUUCUAAUAUUGGUUCAGUGGUUGGAGUUAAAGAAAUUCCAAAAGUGAACACUUACAAAGGGAACUCAAAAUGGAAGAAAGAUUAUGGAUGUACAGUUCCAGUAAAUGGUGCUACAUUCAUAAAAAAAUCUAAAUACUCUAGAUAAUUAACUGUUUGUAGAAAUCUGUUGGAAAAUAUCCCUUUUUAUUUUGCUUUCUGCAUUUCCUUGUAAUUCAUUUUUUGUUUCUCUACUAUGUUUUUCAAAUUCAUAUAUCUACUGUUUUGGUCUCAUAUUUAU